AUGUGUCCGGUUCAACCAAAUCAUCGAAAAAUUGUCUCCUACAACUCGUUUCCCCCCCCUCCACCCUACCCAUCAGCUUACGACUGGUAUCAGGGCCACGGUACGCACGUGUCGGGUAUUGUCGCUGGGGCGGCUGGUCCCAACUAUAUUCUUGCAACGCAGUACAACGGAUCAGCUCCAGGAGCGAAGAUUGUAUUCGAUGAUAUUUCAAAUACUGAGCCCUACCUCAACUACCUGCCCUGGGAUCUCAACAACAGCCUCUAUCCUCAUGCGUAUGGUAAUGGUGCCAGGAUUCAUUCAAACUCGUGGGGUCGCAAGUACAGCCGCAGUUACGACUUUCAGUGCGUGGAAACAGAUUCAUUCAUGUACGACCAUGAUGACUUCUUGGUUGUCUUUGCUGCAGGAAACAGUGGUCCCUACCCCUUCUCCAUCGGCAGCCCAGGUGUCGCCAAGAACGUUCUGUCAGUAGGAUCAAGCCUGAACUCUCAAUACAAGCAUACGGAUCUUUCGAUCUUCUCAUCGCGUGGGCCAACUUUCGAUCUUAGAAACAAGCCUGACAUUAUCGCUCCUGGUCAAAAUAUCUUCUCUGCCUCUUCAGACGGGAUUCGCAACAGCUACCAAUGCGCGAACUCGAUCGGGCUCAACAAAAGUUGCAUCCUGGAAAUGAGCGGCACUUCUAUGGCAACUCCAGCUGUUGCUGGAGCAGCAGCCAUUGUCAGACAGUACUUCGAGCAGGGAUAUCAGGUCUCGGGCGAACGAUCAGACGACAAGUCUGCCAAUCCUUCCUCUGCACUUGUGAAAGCAAUGAUCAUUCAAAGCAGCAAGCCCCUGCGGAGUUUUGGCUCCGACAUGUCAUGGCAAGAGUCGACUGAAAGCCCUUCUCCCGAGCAAGGAUACGGGCUUCUUGACUUGUCGUCAGUGUUGUGGUUUGGACCAGACUCGAACUUCGUGUUGAAGACUUACGAUCGAGUUGAGCUUUAUACAGCACUGCUUUGCUAUAUCUGGCGGAAUCAGUUUCGUGCGACUCUCGUUUGGACAGAUCCACCUGGGUCGAUGUAUGCUUCCAAAUCAUUGAUCAGUGACCUUGACCUGUUCGUGGUCGAUGUCAACGGCAGCACGCAUUACGGUAACCACCGGACA